AUGGAAGAACCUCCAUUAGUGAUCGAUAAUGGCUCUUAUGAGAUCAAAUUUGGCCCCUCAACCAAUAAAGCCCCCUUUAGGGCGCUAAAUGCAUUAGCAAAAGACAAAUAUGGCACUUAUCAUCUUUCAAAUCAAUCGCGUUCAAUCAAAGAUAUCUCUUCUGUGACCUUCAGAAGACCGCACGAACUCGGACAAUUAACGUCUUGGGAGCUUGAGUCGCAAAUAUGGGACUAUUGUCUCUAUAAUCCGGAUGAAUUUGACGGAUGGUGUGUAGAAACCACGAAGGGCCAGCAUCUCAUCGCUAGCGAGACAUGCAUGACAAUUCCAGAAUUGAGUAAGAAUAUGGAUCAAGUCAUUUUCGAAGAGUACGAGUUUGGGAGCCUUUUUAAAGCACCCGUAGCUACAUAUAUCCCGUUCAAUUGGGACGACCCCGAGACGACAGUGCUUUCUGCGAAGGGCGACGACGAUGUCGCCAUAGAGAAACAACAAGAGGCAGAAUACAACAACUUUCAGCUGGUCAUCGAUUCCGGCUUCAAUUGCACUUGGGUGAUACCUGUGAUCAAGGGCAUUCCAUACUACAAAGCUGUGAAGCGGCUGGAUAACGGGGGUCGUUUUCUCAACGGUCUUUUGAAGGAAACGCUUUCGUUCCGGCACUACAACGUUAUGGACGAGUCAAUUCUCGUAAACAAUAUCAAAGAAAAAUGCCUAUUCAUGAGCCCCAACUCAUAUUUUGAUAGUUUUCAGAACCGUGAGAAGACAGCUAAAGAAUAUGUCCUGCCGGACUUCCAAACCAGUUUCCAGGGAUACCUGCGAAAACCGGGUCAAGUCCUUCCAGAAAACUCUCAAACCAUUUUACUACAAGAUGAGCUCUUCUCAGUGCCUGAAACUUUCUUCCAUCCUGAGAUUGCAUCCCUUCUAAACCCGGGGAUUGUUGAAACCAUCUUGGAAAGUAUCUCAAUGCUUCCCGAAGCUUUCCGCCCUUUGAUGGUAGGCAAUAUAGCCGUCACAGGUGGUAAUUUCAACAUCCCCAAUUUCGCCACACGGCUCGCCACAGAACUACAAAGACAAUGCCCUACCGACUGGUCUUGCCGCAUAACUGUUCCUACACAAGAUGCUUCAUUAUUUGGUUGGAGGUCAAUGCAAAAAUUUAGUACAACACAGGCAUAUCCAGCUGCUCGUGUAACCCGAGAAGAAUAUUACGAGCAUGGUGUUGAUUGGUGCACAAAGAAUCGUUUCGGGUACCAGAAGUGGCUAUGA